AUGACGGGCAACGAUACAGCGGUGCUGACGCCGAGUCAGGAGCACUACGUGAAAAAGUACCUCCUCAGUGUCCUCAUCAAGAACGAGCUCAACCGACUCCAACGAGACCCUUACGACAUACUGCCCAACCUGGGAGGACCCUUUGACCCCAAAGACGAGCACGCCGAUUCCACAACCCCUUUUCUCCGUUACUUAUUUGAAUCGAUUGUCGUUCCCUUCCCUUUCCUCACGGGAAACAAGGGCGAGUUAUGGCCGAAACUACAGCUCUUCCUGGAGGAGCUGGCCAAGAUCGAUUCGGGCCAUGGGGUGGAGAGAGAGGAGAUGGCGAGGAGGAGACGGUUGAAGAAUAAGGGCGAGCGGUCGAUUGUGUUAAUGUACACGAUGGCUGUCAAGACUUUGGAGCAACGUGAGCAAGAGAAGAAGGAUAUGAGUUUGGAGGAUGGGGUGGAGGGAUUGUUGUUGAGUUCGGAUGGUGCCCCUGCGGCUGCUGCUGCUGCUCCGACGACUGGGCCCUUGACGGUCAUUCAUGGAGUCCGUAUCAAUGUUGCGGGUAUCCGGAUCAUCAAGCAGCGACGACACGUCCGCGAGCACGAGCAUGCGGAGUUCUUGGUUAGCAGCACGUUAGCUGACGGCACAGAGUCGACGGUGGCGAGGCGCCACGGUCAAUUCAGACGUCUUUACAUCGCGUUGAGAGAAGAAUAUCCACAGUUUGAGUUCCCACUGCCGCCUGCCAAGGUGUCGGCCAAGUCUGGAUCGGCCGGUGUCAAGGCAGCACGCGAGAAGGACCGACUCAGCCUGCGUGGUUACCUCCACAAUAUCGCCAAGGUGGCUCCCGAGAUUGUCAUCUCUACUAUCUUUGUCAGCUUCCUUACCAAGAACGCGAUCACGUUGACGGCCGAGGAGGCCAACGAUGUCCGCGUCCGCUUGGCACUUGACGAACACCGCUUGGAACAACAGGCCCAGUUUGCGAGGGAGGUUUCCAAGAAAGUGCACGAACUGGAUUCACAUCUCAAGCAAGUCAAGCAGGAUCUUUUGCAACCUGGUGGAGUCUCGCGCUUGUUUGAUGCCUUCCGGCAGUACGAGAAUGUCAAAGACUUGCCACCCCUGUACCAGACCGUGUUUGAGUGGGGAUGCAUGAACUUUGCGUCGACCUUGUACCACGUCUUUACGGCCUCGGAUGACGCUGCUCUCAACUUAACACACCUCAAGCGGACCCACCUUUUGAUGCCUUACCGGACCAUGUGGGGAAUCCUCAAGGUGUCGAACCCGAUGGCAAUGAUGAAGGGGAUUAUAGAUCUGUUCCUGGCUCAACCCUUUGGCAAGAGCAGUUUGAUGCAGCGGAUCAUCUCGGUCAACAUCCAGGAGGAGAUUACAGAGUACAAGAAGGACAUUGUUCAACUGGAGGCUGCCGUUGGAGAUCAAGACCUCUGCGACAAGCUUCGUAACUAUGUCUAUGCUCCCAAGAAUGAAGUUGCCAGCAUCUCUCCCGACAGUGAACAGUAUGAUAUUACCGAGUUGGGUAUGGUGUUGGAAAUUCUUCAGGCAACCCAGAUCCAACCCACGCUCGAUGCACAACAGAUCAACCGCGUGCGGGAUGCAAAGGAGCAGUUGGAAAAGGACCGCGCAGAGAAGGAACGACUCGCCGAGACCUAUCAGCAAAUGUUAAUCCACGAUCUUUCUGAAUCCGAUGAGAGCGAGAGCGAAACCUCGAGUGUGGACGAACCACCAAAGCUGUACCGGUCCUCAUCCAAGAAGAGCUUUGCCAAGGCGACUGAAAAACUCCGGUCCCUGAAGCAACAGAAGCAGGAGCAAAAGCAGGAACAGGCUCAAGUUCAACAACAGCCUCAACAGAAUCUGAUCCGAUCGCUUCAGCAGCUGUUGGUGACCCAUUUGCGUAUCCGGGACAAGGAGAGAAUGAUGGGCCUUGUCUUCCAGGGAGUGACGGGCGAGAUCUUUAAGGAGCUAAUCUCGAUCUUCUAUGCGCCCUUGGUCAAGGUGUACAAGAGUGCCAAUGUUGCGGACAGUCUGAUGGAUGUCAAGGACUUUGCUGACGAGUUGAUCAAGAUUGUCGAGCAGGCCGAUGUCAACGAUGAUGGAAAGGGUGGGAACCCAUCGACGGCGACACUUUAUCUGGAUCUGGUCAAGAGACAUCUCCCAAGCUUCUACAAGUUUGUCCACUCUGUCCACAAGCAAGACGACGGCCUCUUCCACGACCUCCUGGAAUGGUUCGAGAGUAUCCUAUCCUUCAUGCGGACCGGUUACGCUCACACGCGAAUCAACUACAAGACCGAGGAAGAGCUUCGGUACGCGAUCAACCUGAACGGCUUCCUCGAGACCCAAGUGGGCGCUUCUGGCAAUGUAGAACAGUUGAGACAGGAGGCCGACUCACUGAAACGGUUCUAUUUGGAAGUCAAAGACAAGAAACGCGAGGAGGUCCGACAGAUGGCCGGGUUGGAUAGGGCUAGUGUGGAUGAGGCGGCUUCGUUGGCGUUGAACAAAGAUCGGGAGAGGGUGUCGAAGGAGUUGAGAGGGUUCGGGUUGCAGCAGGAGGAUCUUGAUGAGCUGGAGAUGAUAAACUUUGAGAACCAUGCUAGUUUGAGUGGUGAUGGAGAUGAGGAUGAUGGGUUGGAAGGUGUGGCGGCGUUGAAGGUUCCCAAGGUGCCUGUUAUUGAUACGCUGAGAGGGCCGUUUGUUGAGUUGUUGCAGCCCUUGUUCCUUUCUGCUCGCGAGUAA